CGUAUAUGGUACUUCGUAAUAUUUUACUAUUUCAGGGAUUGGUGGAUGAAAUAAAUGAAGUCUUGAAUAGGAAGAAGGAUGAAGAAGUGGAAAGUGAAUUAACACGCACUGAUAUUAUCAAAUGUAUACAAUCUGAAAAAGUCAGAUUAAGAGGAGUGAAUCUUUCUGGGCUUGAUCUUUCAAAACUGGACUUGUCGGGUGUGGACUUCAGCUUUGCAUGCCUGAAAAAUGUGAAUUUCUCAUGUGCUAACCUUUAUCGUGCUAAAUUUCAGGAGGUAGAUGCUGAAAAUAUCCUUUUUCACAAUGCAACAUUGAGCUAUUGUGAGUUCACAAGAGCUAAACUUCGUGGAGCUUCUCUGGAGGCGGCUAAUCUUUCGUGUGCAAAUUUACAGGAUGCUUGCUUGAUAGAAUGUAGUUUAUGUGGCGCAGACUUGCGGUCUGUGCAUCUGGAGACCGCUGAUCUCACAAAUGCGGAUUUGAUGGGAGCCAAUCUAGAAAAAGCUUUUUUACAGAGUGCCAAGUUGAAUAAUGCCAAUUUGAUGGAUGCAAAUCUUCAACGUGCUUAUCUUUGUCGUGCGGAUCUUCAGGAUGCACAUUUUGAAGGGGCGAUAAUGGAUGAGGCGAAUUUGAAAGGCGCGAUUGUAGACUCGUCAAAUUUUUUUGGAGCUAUUAGGGAGGGCCGGACUUUGGGGGCCCAAAUGUAG